AUUAGAUGUCGCACCUGUCAAAUAAUCCAAAAUGGCGUCUGCUUGUGCAUUAGAGUGGGUGCCAGAUUCCUUGUACAAUACAGCUGUUUCUGCCACAGUAUCGUCUUACAAUAAGCACAGACGAGAAGUCAAAAGCCUCCCAGAAGAUGUGCAGUUUGACAUUUAUUAUAAAUUGUAUAACAAAGGAAGAAUAUGCCAGUUGGCUCUGGAAUUUUCGGAGUUGGACACAUUUGCAAGAGUUUUAAAGGUUAAUGACAAAAGGCAUUUACUGCACCACUGCUUCCAGGCCUUAAUGGAUCAUGGAGCCAGUGUUUCUGAUAUCCUAGCAGAUACAUUUGCUCAGCAGCUAGCUCCACAGACAUGUCAGGACCUCUCAGCAAGGGAUAGAGCUAUACAACUAGGCUUUCAAUUAGGUGGUUUCCUCUGCGAUGCUGGUUGGUUCACCGCCAGUGAGACAGUAUAUAAAGCAUGUCUUAAUUUAUGUCAGAUGGAUAAAUCUAACUUACAUAAGUCUCUGGAAUGCAGUGUUGGGCUAUUGCAUGUGCAGAAUGCUAACUGUAAAUACACUGCAGCUGAUCAGACUUGUCAGAUAGCCAGACAAACCCUAGAAGAGUUACAGUCCCUGAAUUUACCUGUCAAUGCAGCAGCUUUCUACACUGAGUGUUGUGCCCUUUUGUUUGCUGAAUGUCAAUAUGAUGAGGCAAUAAAAUUUUGUUCAAGGGCUAUACAGGCAUUAUCCAAGACAUUACCAAACAAGACUAUUGUUGAUGUAUUAAGACAGUGCUCAAAGGCUUGUGUUGUGAAGCGUGAAUUUUCCAAGGCUGAAGUUCUUGUAAAGCAUGCUGUGUGUUAUGCGAGAGAGAAGUUUGGCGAUAAACACCCUAAAUAUUCUGAUGCAUUGCUGGAUUACGGAUUUUAUUUGUUAAAUGUGGAUUCCAUAACUGCUGCUGUACAAGUAUAUCAGAUGGCUCUUGGUAUACGUCAGUCUGUAUUUGGAGGGAAAAAUCUUUAUGUUGCCAUAGGACAUGAAGAUCUGGCAUAUGCUUCAUACGUUCAAGAAUAUAGUUCUGGGAGAUUUAACGAUGCCAAGGAGCAUGCAGAAAAAGCUAUAGAAAUAUUAAGUCAUAUACUACCAGAAGAUCAUUUGUUACUGUCUUCAUCUAAAAGAGUUAAAGCAUUAAUACUAGAGGAGAUUGCUUUGGACAGUCUCUCUAAGGAGGCCAAAGAGAAGAAUCUCCAGGAGGCCCAGGAGCUUCAUCUCCAGUCUCUGGCUUUGGCCAGGAAGGCAUUCGGGGAAAACAAUGUUCAAACUGCAAAGCAUUAUGGGAACCUAGGACGUUUGUAUCAGUCCAUGCAAAGAUAUGAGGAAGCAGAAGAGAUGCACCUGAAAGCUAUAAAAAUCAAAGAAAGGCUCCUUGGGAAGGAUGACUAUGAAGUGGCGUUAUCUGUAGGACACUUAGCUUCCCUCUAUAACUAUGAUAUGGAGAAAUAUGCAGAGGCUGAGAAACUUUAUCUUAGAUCUAUAGCUAUUGGUAAGAAAUUAUUUGGUGAAGGUUACAGCGGAUUGGAGUAUGAUUACAGAGGACUGCUAAAGUUAUACAGGACAACUAAUAAUCUGGCCAUGGCCGAUCAUUACCACGACAUCCUGCACGAAUGGAACACAAUUAGAGACAUAAAUAAUGCUGUAGAAGUGAAACCUCUGGAAUUCUCCAUAACCACGAACUUUGAAGAAUCUGUGAAAAAGUGUUUUUCAUGAGAUUUGUCAGCUAACUGCAGUGUUUUCCUAUCCACAAGUCCGUGUUCAGUAGUGUGGUAGAAUACGAUUGUGAGAGAAUAGUCAUGCAUUGUGUACAUGUACUUGUGCAUUUCACGGUAGUGCUGAAUUGGUACCAGAUUCUCUUCAAAUGGAUAUUGUGUGCAAUUUUUUAUAUUGUCAGUGUUGUUGGCCCUAAUAUAGCUUACUGGCUGUAAUUAAUAGGUGCUGAUUUGCCAUUGAUUAGAUAUAGUUUUUUCUAGAAAUGUCAAAUUCCAUUGAAGGGAGAGAACAUCAUAAUCUACAUGUAAGAAUGUACAUUUACUAACAUAGAUCUAGAUGGGGAAAGUAAAGUAGGCAAGCUAACAGUAUUAACUUUAAUGGAAAAUAUUUGGUGUAAUUUGGAGAAUUAUUAAUACAAUGUGAAAAUGUAAUUGGGGAUUUCAAACCUUAUGUUUCAAACGUUUGCUGAUGACAUCAGUGGGGUUUUUUUUUUGCAUGGUUAUGACCUUGACUCAAAUUUUCAUAUAUGCUUGACAGAGCCCCUGAUUAUCCUGCUUUGGUUUAUGGAAAUAGCAUAACUGAAUUAAAAGCAUGAAGUAUAGUUGCAUUUCCUUUGGUACAAAGACAUUCUGUUGGAGAAAAAUCAUACAUGUAUUUUCUUGCAAAGCCAUUACAUUUGCAAAAUAGAGUCAUUUUAAGCAUACUUGUAUCAAUGAGCAAACUUAUCAUUGUUUAAAUAUUUGACAACAAAUUGGUGCAUUGGAAGAAAAAUACUCAGGUUUUAAUUUUUGUUGUUGCAAUAUUUGCACAUGAAAAAUUCAUGGAAUCCAUCAUGAUUAAAAAAGUUCACAGAAACUGUGAUGAUUGCAGUGAUCACUGUUGUAUAAUUAUGCUAUAUCAUGGUUUAACUUGCUAAACUGUUGUAUAAUUAUGCUAUAUCAUGGUUUAACUUGAUAAUUGUUGCUUUGAGUGAUAAUGUGAUUCGGCUAUUUUAUAGGACAAAUGAAAUUGGUCACAAUAUUGUAUUUUAUUCAAUGUCAUGUAUUUCUGUGAAAAUACAUGGUACAUUAUAACUAAUAUAUGAACAUGUUUUUGAUGAUUACUGCAAGGCUUUGUAUUUCAAACACAGGUAUGUUGAAACAUAUUGAGAAGAAAAUGACUGAUGAUGUCACAGUAUUUUACACUUGUUUGAUAUCUGUGUAGUGUACAGUAAAGUCAGUAGUGCACCCUGAACUUUGUUUGCUUAUGUGAUAUUUGUUAAUUUAUAUUGUUGAGUAAAUUUCUCAUUCGUAAAA